CCAACUUCUUAAUUUACUUCCUCUGCUCUUGCCUCAUAACUAUGAAUGAUAUUAAGCUGAACUCUAUCCAUUUCUAUUACAAAUCAACCACCUUUAACAAGAAAAUUGGGGAGACAUACAGAAUUUAUAAGGGAGAACACAAUUUUGUACGUAUGAUUAUCAAAAAUGGGAUUCACAAAGCAUAAUAUGUUUUUGUUCUUUGUUUUGGUUGUUCUAGUUGUUAGCAUUGAGGCACAUAUUAGGGAGUUUGAUGAGGUGUGGAGGCAGCGAGCCCAACAAGCAAAGGUGGCCGCUCGACAAGCCUAUAAUCCUAAUCCUAAGAUUGUAACUAACCAUCUUAACAGCCAAGUUCACAGGGCUGUACAAGGCAGCAAUAGCAGAAGAAGGGACCUGCACAAGUAUACCGGUAAAUGCAUGGCUACUAAUCCUAUCGACCAGUGCUGGAGGUGUGACCCAAACUGGUCCCUGAACCGCAUGAAACUAGCAGAUUGUGUCCUUGGCUUUGGCCGCAAGACGACAGGAGGCAAAGGUGGAAAAAUUUACGUAGUAAAAGACAAUUCAGACAGCGAUAUGGUUAAUCCUAAGCCUGGCACAUUGCGCCACGCGGUCAUCCAGCAGGAGCCACUUUGGAUUAUAUUUGCUAAGAACAUGGUAAUUAGGCUUAACGAGGAACUUAUCGUGACCAGCAACAAGACGAUUGAUGCUCGAGGCAGGCAUGUGCACAUUGCUCAUGGGGGUGGCCUUAUGUUACAGUUUGUACACAAUGUGAUUAUUAGUAACCUUCACAUUCAUGAUACUAAGGCUGGUGGUGGUGGCUUGAUUAGAGACUCCGUUACUCAUUAUGGUUAUAGAUCGCAAAGUGAUGGUGAUGGCAUUUCAAUCUUUGGAUCAACAAAUAUUUGGAUCGAUCACAUUUCCAUGUCCAAUUGUCAGGAUGGUCUCAUUGAUGCUGUUGAAGGUUCUACUGCCAUUACCAUUUCCAAUUGCCAUUUCACCAAACAUAAUGACGUCAUGUUGUUUGGUGCUAGUGAUAGCUCCUCAAAGGACGCUGUUAUGCAAAUAACACUUGCAUUCAAUCACUUUGGGAAGGGGUUGAUUCAGAGGAUGCCAAGAGUGAGAUGGGGAUUUGUUCACGUAGUCAACAAUGAUUACACACAUUGGCAAAUGUAUGCCAUUGGAGGAAGCAUGCAUCCCACCAUCCUUAGCCAGGGAAAUCGUUUCAUCGCUCCUCCUAAUAAUAACGCCAAAGAGGUGACCAAAAGGGAUUAUGCACCCGAGAGCGUGUGGAAGAAUUGGGUGUGGAAGUCACAGGGAGAUCUUAUGAUGAACGGGGCAUUCUUCGUAGAAUCUGGAAAUCCAAAUCAUGCAUUCUUGAAAGGUCCUGAUAUGAUCAACUCCAAGCCAGGAUCAGUCGUGGGAAGCUUGACGCGAUUUUCAGGCCCUCUCAAAUGCAUUGAGGGAAAGCCCUGUUAGAGUAUUUUCAGCCUCAACAAUAAAUAAGGUGUUUUCAAUACAAAUAGUGCCUAUGAAGUGUAUACAGUUAGUGAUCCGCUCCCUUUCUUCUCUUACCAAGCUUGUACUUGGACUGGGGAGAAUGUGUGUGAGUAUCGUACUUUGGCCUAUGUAAUUCUUCAGCAAAUUUUGUUUUUGGUAUAUUAAUAUAGUAGCGAAAUAUUAAAUAAAUAUGUAGUUACUAGUUUUAGUUGCACUGAUUGUUUGCCAUGAAUAUGGACAUCCAGGUACAGGGAUAUAUAUUUUUCCCUUCAUUGAACAAAUUAAUCCUUGAAAAAGUAAACGUAGAACAUCUCAGUUGAUUAGAGACAUUGUCUCCAACUCCUAUACAUAUGAAUGUAAUUGUUUAUUUAUAGUAAAAACUCAUUACUGCAAUAAAAUCUCUAAUUAGUUUUCCUUUGUUA